AUGAUGAAAUCAACUAAUAUUAUUGUUGUGACGAUGCUUCUUCUCUUCGUUUGUGAGUACUCUUCGGCGGAUUUGAUUUACGAUACUUGUCAAAAAACAAAAUACUCGAGUUUAUGUGAAUCCACUCUCCGUGCAAACUUUCGCAUGGCCACUUCAGAUGUGAAAGGACUCGGCUACUACAUGUUUGAGACAUCACUCAAUCAGGCCAUCACCAACAACAAUCAAAUCUCUUCUCUUAUCAGAACCACUAAGGACCCUGCCUCCAAAAAGUGUCUCUCCAUUUGUUCAGUGGAUUACAAGAGUAUAAUCGACAAUAUUCAUCUAGCCGUGGUAAAGUUGAACUCCAAUGCUUUCACAGAGUCAGUGUCGGCUGGUAAUGCAGCUAUCUUUGCAGAUUGGAAUUGUGAAGGCUCUUUCGCCAAUGAACCUACCAAGCCACAAUCGCCAAUAACUGGAAUUAAUAAUGUUUUCUUUCAACUUACCACGAUAGCCAUCAACAUUGUUCAAACCCUAAAAUAG